ACCCGCAGCAGCAACAACACACGGGCUUGCGUUCACUUUCUCAACAGCAACAAUCUCAGCCAGCAUUUACUCCCUUGGAAAAGAUCAUUUGCAUUAAAACCACACUUGAUCUUAUUUCGGCGGCCGUGGACAAAUUUCUGCAAGAUGUUACAAUGGGAUCUUCGCAUCAUGAUGCUUCCGUGACAUCGGAUGAAAUGAUCCCACUUCUUGCCUAUGUUAUUACUCACAGUGGCAUUACCCGAACCGCCAGUCUUGCAUUUUACAUGGAACACUUUCGUCUUUCGAAUAUGGAAAGAUCAGAACACAGGUAAAUUUGGCGAAUGGGCAACUGCCAUGGGUAGAUUUUGUCACUUAUUGAUGCGUGAUCCUAGUUUUGCCCUCGUUACCCUCAAGACGGCUAUUGAAUUCCUAAAAGGCGAUCCUUUAUCAUUACACGAUGCCGGUUCCGCUGCAUCGGUGCAUUCCACGAAUUCAUCUUCCUCUGCCAUUAUAUCUCCUCAGAUUCACAGCUUGAGAACGCGAUCCACUUCUUUUGGAUCACCCAUCUCAUCUCCACCACCGUCCAGUGCAACUCAGGUAUCAUCCGCCUUUUCCUCACCUCAUUACCGAUCCAUUUCCAUCUCCUCCCAGUCCAUGACAACGAAUCACCACCACCAUCAUCAGCACCUGACAACGCCAAAAACAUCUUCUUCCCACAGCUUAACUUCAGCCACUAUGCCCUCCCAUCCUGCCUUUACCCGAGUACUCCGUCAUCGAAAGUCGCAAAGUGCUGAUUUACACGGAAUGGCCGACAGCUCGCCAUCGCUUCCACCGACCAUUGAUGAUGAAUUUCCGCAGCAAGAAAGAAAUCGGCGAAACUCACUCACCCCAAAUGUGAUUGUAAGACCGCCUAUUGUUCUGCCCAGCCAACGCGAGAAUCGUAAAAGUCUUGACAUACCGAACGACUGGAUGCUGCCCAUGAAACAAUCGCAAACCCCACCGCCUUCUUAUUCUUCUUCUUCUUCUUCUUCCUGUGUCCAUUACGAUCCCCCGUCGCACUUCUCGCCAAAGUUGAAACAUGCAGCCAUAGGUCACACACAACCUAUGGUGUCUACCACAUUUCCAUCUUUAUCGUGUUCGACCCCGUUACCUGCGGCCGCUAGCGAUAGAACGCCUGAAUCGCAUAAAAUGAGUCGUCUGGACGAAUUCCCGAUCUUGGUAGGGGAGACGGGAAUGUCUGAAUCACCCAAGCUUGCGCGCUCACUAAGCUCAACCUCGGCCAUAAAAAAACGAAGCAGUGCACUUCCACAACCUCCAAAAGUUAUCAAUAUCGGCGAACGGUUAUCGUUUGAUGGAGCAAGGCGACCGGCAUCUAUAUGCCUUGACACCCGAUCGUUGCGGAAUCUGCGCGACGAUGAACAGGACCAAGAUAUGUUAGGCGAUUUUCUGCGCGGUUUGCAGAAUAUGGAUGGAGAUAUUGUAGGCGAACGCAGCGGUUCAUUCCGGACCUUUCGGCGUCUCUGAAUUACCCACGUUUAAAAAUGCCACAUUAGCUUGUAAGUUGUAAGAACAAAAACUCAUGCAUGGUACCAUGUGUCAUCCAUUGCAUCGUUCACUUCCCAUCCCCACCCUUUGCCUGAUAAAGGUUUCUUAUAAA